GGGCUGUGCUCGCCGACUCCAUAACGGGGCCACGGAAGCGUGGGGCGAACCCCUCAUCCAGUGCUUUUUAAAUUCUCAGGGAGGAUGACUGACGGUGGACAGAGGUCUUUAGGUGCGCAAUCCGUAAGCUGCGUGGCCUGGCAAAAGUGCAAGCAGACACCUUGGAGCCGGCCCUAUAGCUCUGCUUCCGGCCGCGGAGCCAAUAGCCGAGGCGCUGCGUCUCCUUUAAGUGCGGUGGGCGGGGCGCGGGGACGCGACCGGUGUUGCUAUUGGCGGCGAUUAGGGGCGCGGGAAACUGAACGCACCGUAACGGCAGCAGCCGCUGCCACCUCGGGCUCCUCCGGCGCUUUGGGCGCCCUGGUCCCCACCAUGGCCGCGCCCUGUCCGGAGGACCCCUCGCUGGAGAGGCAUUUUAAGGGACACCGGGAUGGAGUCACCUGUGUGGACUUCAAUCUCAACUCGAAGCAGCUGGCCAGCGGCUCCAUGGACGCGUGCCUCAUGGUCUGGCACAUGAAGCCCCAGUCACGUGCCUACCGCUUCACGGGCCACAAGGACGCCGUCACCUCCGUGAACUUCUCCCCUUCCGGACACCUGCUUGCCUCCGGCUCUCGGGACAAGACGGUCCGCAUCUGGGUGCCCAACGUCAAAGGAGAGUCAACCGUGUUCCGUGCCCACACGGCCACCGUGAGGAGCGUGCACUUCUGCAGCGACGGCCAGUCCCUCGUGACGGCCUCCGAUGACAAGACGGUCAAGGUGUGGUCGACUCACCGCCAGAAGUUCCUGUUCUCGCUGAGCCAGCACAUCAACUGGGUCCGCUGCGCCAGGUUCUCCCCCGACGGGCGGCUCAUCGUGUCCGCCAGCGACGACAAGACCGUCAAGCUGUGGGACAAGACCAGCCGGGAGUGCGUGCACUCGUACUGCGAGCACGGCGGCUUCGUCACCUGCGUGGACUUCCACCCCAGCGGCACGUGCAUCGCCGCCGCCGGCAUGGACAACACGGUGAAGCUGUGGGACGUGCGGACUCACCGGCUGCUGCAGCAUUACCAGCCGCACAGCGCGGCGGUGAACGCCCUUUCCUUCCACCCGUCGGGGAACUACCUGGCCACGGCCUCCAGCGACUCCACCCUGAAGAUCCUGGACCUCAUGGAGGGCCGGCUGCUCUACACGCUCCACGGGCACCAGGGCCCCGCCACCACCGUUGCCUUUUCGAGGACGGGGGAGUACUUCGCCUCUGGAGGCUCCGAUGAGCAAGUGAUGGUCUGGAAGAGCAACUUCGAUGUCCUGGAUUAUGGAGAUGCCCCGAAAGCGCAGAGGCCACCAGCCACGCUGGCCAGCUCCUCCCGGCGUCUGCUGGAAGGGGACUUCCCCGUCCCCGCGGGCGAAGGCAGGAGCCAGGAGACAGUGCGGACCCCGCCGCCGGAGCCUGGCAGCGUGCCGCAGGCGCUGACCAGCACGCUGGAGCACAUCGUGGGCCAGCUGGAUGUCCUCACCCAGACGGUCUCCAUCCUGGAGCAGCGGCUGACGCUGACGGAGGACAAGCUGAAGCAGUGCCUGGAGAACCAGCAGCUAAUCAUGCAGAGAGCACCACCGUGAUCCGGGGAGCAGGAAUCAGGAACUUGGUCGAUUUGGGGGGUGGGCAGGCAGGGGCUGGUACUGCGGGA